AUGAUCCGAUUAUAAAUCCAUUAUAAGACUGAAUUUGGUUAGGCAUUGUAUAUUUCAGGGAAAUCAAAAUAUUUGGGACAAUGGAAUCCUGAAUAAGCAAUUCGAAUGAUUUGGACAUAGGUAUAUAUUUAACUUCAUAUUUAGAACGAUAUUUGGAUAGCUGAGGUAGCUUAUCAUAUAAUGGAAUAUAAAUAUUUUAUUUCUCAGUAUGAUAAAGUUUAAAAAAUAUGUUGGGAAUCAGGGCCUAACAGAGUUACUAAUAAACAUUCAAUAGAUGUGUGGAACCACAGAAAAUUAUGUUUUCAAUGUGUAAACCCAUAGAAUUUCGAUAUUUAUAUUUCUGGAUCGUCAAUUUCAAUGGGUCAAUUUUAGAGAAGAGUCCGAAUGAAAAAUAAGGAUGGGAUAUCGUAAUUAAAAUUUGUUAUCAAUAUUGAUGACUGUUAAAUUCAAUAUUAAUAUCAUAUUGUAACCAAAAGUGAGUUUUCUAGUCCAGUUUAUAAAGUGUACUUAAAUUGUCAAUGUAAACAGUAGUAAUAUCUAAUUUUAGAAUAAUAUUAUAAAGAUGCUCUACUCAUAUUCUCAGAUGGACUUACAAAACUAAAGUAGAUGAUAUUUUAGCUAAAUAAAAAUAUCUGUUAUGGUUAUGUUCCUUUAGAAAAUGAAGAUUAUUAAGCUUUAAAAAAAGCUAACUUAAAAACAAUAAUUGAAUUUUGUAAUACAAAAGAAUAGAGUCUACUUGAACAGCAAACAAAAUAAGAAGAUAUAGUACAUUUAAUUGUGAAUCUCUAUCAUUUCAAAUAGGAAAACUUCGCAAAGAGGUUACUCUAACUGAUUCAAGUAUUAAUUCAAAAAUAUUAAGUAAUUAAUUAAAUAUAUUAUAAUUUCUAGUUACUCUAUAUAUGCAAUAACUCUCUCACUCAUUUAAGAAAAUACCUAUCUGUUUAUGAGAAGCUCUCUUUUGGUUCAUAAAAAUGA